UAACAGUCCUGCACUAAAUCACUCUUCAUGACUAUAUUUUACUGUUCAAACUUUAACAGCUGAUGUUGAAACAGCGAUCAUUUAAACUCUAUGAUGGUUGUGGAGGAUGUAGUUUGUGGUGCUGUUAAACUGGAUUGAUCCCACUGACAACAAUAGGCCUGUCAAAAUAAUAGAAACAUGUGUUGUUGCAGCACAAUAUAAUUCAGUGUGACUACAAACCACAGCCUCCGACAUGAAAACACAGUUGAAUCAACAACUCUCCCAGUUAGAAAGCAUUCAUUUUCACUAGUGUACCUAGUGAAGUGUGCAGCCUGCCAUUUGUUGUCUUAUAUCUUUUUUUUUUCUUCUGUUUUAGGAAUCCGAUGUGUGCCAAGUCUUAUUUACAGCGUUAUAAGUUGAACUUAAAGGCAACAUUGUGUGUGCUUUUAUGAAUGAAUUUACUCAGUUGUGACCUGCCUCUCACAAACAUCCAACAAGACCCUCCAUCACUGCUGUGCUCUGGCACACUUGUUGAAAGAGUUCAUUGCAGGUGAUUUGAUGAGUCCUGGUUGUGAGUCUGGGUGCAGUCUGGUUGUGAUGACACCACAGUGACAGGAGGCCUCGGCCUACUUCAUGGACGCAGGGCAGCGUCCAAGUCUUUGACACACAUCCAGCGUUGUUCCCGGGCUCGGCAGGCCUCUAUGACCUGCACACCGCGCUGCUGGCUCGCUGUCUACCUGCGUGUGGAUCACACAGGAACCAGAGUGGAGGCUCUUUGACUUCUUGGCAUGCUCGCAACCAGGUGGAUGCUCAGCGAGUAUUAUGGGCUGUCACUAGUUGGCCUGAGCUCCCCUGGAGACCAGCAGGUAUUUUUUCUUUCUUGUCUUUUUUGGAGUUGUAUAUUAUGGGAUGUAUGCUGCCACUGCUGGAGUAUUAUGGUCUGUCAUAUGGACAGCAGGGAGGGGGUGUCACCAUGACAACGGGGUUGCUAAGGGGGCUGGGACUACUAGUGGAAAGGGGAAGGAGUGUGCAUGCAAUGAGUCUGGUGCAUGCAUGUCUAGUAGUGGUAGUGUACGUGCGUGCGCGCGCGUGGUGGAGGGGGUGGGGGCAGGCUGAGUAUUAUGGUCUGUCCGUUGCGAGGUAACUAUGCAGAGUCCUGAGUGAGUGUGGGAGGGGGGAUUAUUAUGGGAUGUCUGCCCCCUUUGUGUGUUUGUGAGGAUGUUAGCUAAGCGCUGCCUGUAAGGCUGGGGGAGAGAGAAGAGGGGCACGGAGCAACGUGUUUUGGCCCAUUGACGGCUCAUUUAAAAAACAAAAACAAUCACAGGUUUAUCUGGGCUUAUUGAGUGAACACUAAAUGACAACAGCUGGCGCACAAACAGCUUGAUUUGUAAUAUUUUUUUGAACCGAGAGACAGAGAGGGAAGGGAAGAGCACACAUCGAACCGGGACUACACGCACACUACACACCCACCACCCCCCUCCCUUCCUGGACACCCCCGGUCCAUUCUCCACCGGGUCCCACGUCAUUUUCCCUCCUCCCUCGCCGACCGAGGAGCAAGGAAGCUUUUAGGAGGGAUUAAUACGACCGUCAAGAAAUAAAAUUAAAAGGGGAAAAUGUCGUGCAGCGAGGAUGACAGGGAAGACUUUGUAGCGGCGGAGGAGCACUCACUUAUCCACGACGAGGACGAGCCGGAGGAUGCUGUGUCUGACGUAGACGAGGUACCCAAGGCGAAGAAGAAGAAGAAAGCCAAGAAGAGCAGCCGAGAGAGCAGGAGCAGCAAGAGGCAGAGACCUAUCCGGGAGGAGUUGCCAGUGAGCUCCCCAGAGCACCUGAUCGGAGUGGAAGCAGGUGAGAGGGAUGCAGAUGAGGGAGCUCUGCGGUCAGAGAGUGAAGGAAGCGAUUAUGCCCCUGGAAGGAAAAAGAAGAAACGCUCCAGCUCUGCCAAAGAGAAGAAGAAAGGAGGCGCCGCAGUGGAGAAGGGAGGCUCGUCCAGCUCCAAGAGCAAACGUAAAGAUCCAGAACCAGAAGACGAUGACGACGACGAUGAUGAUUGCCAGCCCAAAAGCUCCACCCAGCUGCUGGAGGCCUGGGGCAUGAAAGACAUUGAUCAUGUUUUUACUCAGGAAGACUACAGCUCCCUCACCAACUACAAGGCCUUCAGUCAGUUUGUCAGGCCAUUAAUUGCAGCUAAGAACCCCAAAAUUGCUGUGUCCAAGAUGAUGACCUUAAUGAUGGCAAAGUGGCGAGAAUUCAGCACAAACAACCCACUGAAGGGUUGUGCCACAGCUAACGCUGCCUUGGCAGCUGCCAACGUGGCUGCAGCUGUGGAGAACAUGGUGGUUGCAGGGACAGAUGGAGGGCCAGAGACUGGUGCUACUUCUUUGCCCGCACCUGUCGCGACUCCUGCUGCCGCGCCAACACCUGCACCUCCAGCAGCCCCAGCACCCCCACUCCGCAAGGCCAAGACUAAAGAAGGAAAAGGUCCCAAUGCUCGUAAGAAAUCGAAGUCAUCGUCUAAGCCUCCUCCGAAACCGAAACCCAAGAAGGUGGCUCCACUCAAGAUCAAACUAGGAGGUCUCAAUAGCAAGAGGAAGCGCUCCUCAAGUGAUGAAGAUGAACCUGAUGUUGACAGUGACUUUGAUGACGGCAGCUUCUCAGUGUCAGAUGGCUCCAUCCGCAGCAGCCGUCCUAAGAAGAAGCCUAAGAGUGCAAAGAAAAAGAAGAAAGUGGAGACAGAAGAUGGUGACGGCUAUGAGACAGACCACCAGGACUACUGUGAGGUGUGCCAGCAGGGAGGAGAGAUCAUUUUAUGUGACACCUGUCCAAGAGCUUAUCACAUGGUCUGUCUGGACCCUGACAUGGAGAAGGCACCCGAGGGCAAGUGGAGCUGUCCACACUGUGAGAAGGAGGGGAUCCAGUGGGAGGCCAGGGAUGAUCUGUCUGAGGCCGAAGGGGAGGAUGAUGACGACAGGAGGGAUGAAGGGAUGGAGGAGGAGGACGACCACCACAUUGAGUUUUGCCGCGUGUGUAAGGAUGGAGGAGAGCUGCUUUGCUGUGACACCUGCCCCUCCUCCUACCACAUCCACUGCCUCAACCCGCCUCUCCCUGAGAUCCCCAACGGAGAGUGGAUCUGCCCCCGCUGCAAGUGUCCACCAAUGAAGGGCAAAGUGCAAAAGGUAUUAACAUGGCGCUGGGGGGAGCCACCAGCUCCCACGCCUGUACCUCGGCCUGCUGACCUGCCUGCUGAUGCUCCCGAUCCCCCACCCAUGGCGGGACGCAGAGAGAGGGAGUUCUUUGUCAAAUGGUGCAAUAUGUCCUAUUGGCACUGCUCCUGGGUGCUGGAGCUGCAGCUGGAGCUCAACUGCCAGGUGAUGUUCCGCAACUACCAGAGGAAGACGGACAUGGACGAACCGCCGCCUGUCGACUUCGGGGGUGAGGGUGAUGAGGUCAAGAGCACCAAGAGGAAGAACAAGGAUCCUCUCUUUGUCCACAUGGAGGAGGAGUUUUACCGCUACGGAGUUAAGAUGGAGUGGCUGAUGAUCCAUCGCAUUCUUAACCACAGUGUUGAUAAAAAGAACAACGUACAUUAUCUGAUCAAAUGGAGAGAUCUGCCAUAUGACCAGUCAACCUGGGAGAGUGAAGACAUGGACAUUCCUGAGUUUGAUACCUACAAACAAACAUACUGGAAUCACAGAGAGCUGAUGAUGGGUGAGGAGGGCCGACCCGGCAAGAAGCUAAAGAAGGCAGUCAAAGUCAAGAAGGCAGAGCGACCACCUGCUAAUCCAGUGGUAGAUCCCACCAUCAAGUUUGAUCGGCAGCCUGACUACCUGGACAGUACGGGAGGAACCCUACAUCCCUACCAGCUGGAAGGCUUGAACUGGCUGAGAUUUUCUUGGGCUCAGGCCACCGACACCAUCUUGGCAGAUGAGAUGGGUUUGGGCAAGACUGUUCAGACAGCUGUCUUCCUCUACUCAUUGUACAAGGAGGGUCACUCCAAAGGUCCCUUCCUGGUCAGCGCUCCUCUGUCAACCAUCAUUAACUGGGAGAGAGAGUUUGAAAUGUGGGCCCCGGACAUGUACGUGGUGACCUACGUAGGGGACAAAGACAGCAGGGCUGUUAUCAGAGAGAACGAGUUCUCCUUUGAGGGAAAUGCCAUUAGAGGAGGAAAGAAGGCCUCCAAGAUGAAGAAAGACUCCACGGUUAAGUUCCACGUUCUUCUGACGUCCUAUGAGUUAAUCACCAUCGACCAGGCUGUGCUGGGCUCCAUUGAAUGGGCCUGUCUGGUUGUUGACGAGGCACAUAGACUGAAGAACAACCAGUCCAAGUUCUUCCGAGUGUUAAACAACUACCCGCUGCAACACAAGCUGCUGCUGACCGGCACCCCUCUUCAGAACAACCUGGAGGAGCUCUUCCACUUGCUCAACUUUUUGACCCCAGUGAGAUUCAACAACCUGGAAGGGUUUCUGGAGGAGUUUGCGGACAUCGCCAAAGAGGACCAGAUCAAGAAGCUCCAUGACAUGCUGGGACCACACAUGCUCAGGCGGCUGAAAGCUGAUGUCUUUAAGCACAUGCCUUCAAAGACUGAGCUCAUUGUUCGCGUGGAGCUGAGUCCCAUGCAGAAGAAAUACUACAAGUUUAUUCUAACACGUAACUUUGAGGCCCUGAACACACGGGGAGGUGGAAACCAAGUCUCUCUGCUCAAUGUUGUGAUGGACCUCAAAAAGUGCUGCAAUCACCCCUACCUCUUCCCAGCAGCUGCCACUGAGGCACCAAAACUUCCAAAUGGGAUGUAUGAAGGCAUGUCCCUGACCAAGGCUUCAGGGAAGCUGAUGCUGCUCCAGAAGAUGAUGAGAAAGCUGAAAGAAGGAGGCCACAGGGUUCUGGUUUUCUCCCAGAUGACCAAAAUGCUCGAUCUACUUGAGGACUUCCUGGAGAACGAGGGAUAUAAAUAUGAGAGAAUUGAUGGAGGAGUUACUGGCAACUUGAGACAAGAGGCCAUUGAUCGCUUUAAUGCUCCUGGUGCUCAGCAGUUUGCUUUCCUGCUUUCUACCAGAGCCGGUGGUUUGGGCAUUAAUCUUGCCUCUGCUGAUACUGUGAUUAUCUAUGACUCAGACUGGAACCCCCACAAUGAUAUCCAGGCGUUCAGCAGAGCUCAUCGCAUCGGUCAGAACAGGAAAGUGAUGAUUUAUCGCUUUGUUACCAAAGCUUCUGUGGAGGAGAGGAUCACUCAGGUGGCAAAGAAGAAGAUGAUGCUCACUCACCUGGUUGUGCGCCCCGGCCUCGGCUCUAAGACCGGGUCCAUGUCCAAGCAGGAGCUUGACGACAUCCUCAAGUUUGGAACCGAAGAACUGUUCAAGGAUGAAAUCGGAGAGGGAGACAACAAGGAGGAUGACAGCAGUGUGAUCCACUACGACGACCAUGCAAUUGACCGGUUACUAGACAGGAACCAGGAUGCCACAGAUGACACUGAGCUCCAGAGCAUGAAUGAAUACCUCAGUUCGUUCAAAGUGGCCCAGUAUGUGGUCAAAGAUGAAGACGAUGAGGAGGAGGAGGUGGAAAGAGAGGUGAUCAAGCAGGAGGAGAGUGUUGAUCCCGACUACUGGGAGAAGCUGCUUCGGCAUCACUACGAGCAGCAGCAAGAGGAUCUCGCCCGCAAUUUGGGCAAAGGCAAACGAACUAGAAAGCCGGUCAACUACAAUGACGGCUCCCAGGAGGACCGAGGUAUUAGACAGGACUGGCAGGAGGAUCAGUCAGACAACCAGUCCGACUACUCGGUGGCUUCAGAGGAGGGUGACGAGGACUUUGAUGAACGGACUGAAGCUAAUGCCCGCAGACCAAACCGCAAAGGGCUGAGGAACGACAGGGACAAACCUCUCCCUCCACUGUUGGCCAGAGUCGGCGGGAACAUCGAGGUGUUGGGCUUCAAUGCGAGACAGAGGAAGGCUUUCCUGAAUGCAGUGAUGCGUUAUGGGAUGCCUCCCCAGGAUGCAUUUACCAACCAGUGGCUGGUCAGAGACCUACGAGGAAAGUCUGAGAAAGAAUUCAAGGCCUAUGUGUCUUUGUUCAUGCGUCAUCUUUGUGAGCCGGGUGCAGAUGGAGCUGAGACUUUUGCAGAUGGCGUCCCACGUGAGGGCCUGUCGAGGCAACAUGUGCUUACUCGCAUCGGUGUAAUGUCACUUAUAAGGAAGAAGGUGCAGGAGUUUGAACAUGUGAAUGGUCAGUGGUCGAUGCCCUGGAUGGCAGAGCUGGAGGAGAACAAAAGGGCUGCAGCCUUGGCUGCAGGUGAAGACCCAAAGACUCCUUCGUCUGGGACGCCUGCAGACACACAGCCCAACACUCCUGUUCCAGAGGAUUUGUCUAAAUCAGAGGACAAAGAAGACAUGAAGAAAGAGGGCGAGGAUAGCAAAGCAGUUAAGAAGGCAGAUGAUCCAGAGAUCAUUGAAAUCCCAGACGAGUCUGAAAAAUCCCCCGCUCUUGAAAAAGAAGAAGAAGUAGACGCUGCUGCAGACAAGGAUCAGAAAGAGAAGGAGACAAACGGAGACGAAAGGAUGGAGAAGGAGAGGGAAGACGUGGGCAAAGAGAAAGAUGAGAAGUCUUCAGUUGCAUCACAGAAGGACGCUGACGUUAAGGGUGAAGGUUCAGAAGGCAAGAUGGAGACAGAGGAUAGUAAAGCCGAGGAAGUCAAAGAUGAGAAGAUGGACACUACUUCAGCUACAGAUGAGAAAAGAGAGCAAAAGGAGGAGAAGGACGGCGUGAAAACAGACGAGUCUGGUAAACUGCAGAAUGGAGAGAACACCAAAGAAGGAGGAACAGCUGUGCCGGUGGUUAACGUCAGCGAGGAGAAGAAGAAAGCCACCAAGCAGAGGUUCAUGUUCAACAUUGCUGACGGAGGAUUCACAGAGCUACACUCUCUGUGGCAGAAUGAAGAGAGGGCAGCCACCGUCACCAAGAAGACCUUUGAGAUUUGGCACCGUCGCCAUGACUACUGGCUGUUGGCUGGCAUCAUACAACACGGCUACGCUCGAUGGCAGGAUGUGCAGAACGAUGUGAGGUUUGCCAUCCUCAAUGAGCCCUUCAAAGGGGAGAUGAGCAGAGGGAACUUCCUGGAGAUCAAGAACAAGUUUCUGGCCCGCAGGUUCAAGUUACUGGAGCAGGCACUGGUGAUAGAGGAGCAGCUGCGCAGGGCGGCCUACCUGAACAUGACAGAGGACCCGGCCCACCCUUCCAUGGCCCUCAACACUCGCUUCAGUGAAGUGGAGUGUCUCGCUGAGUCCCACCAGCACCUCAGCAAGGAGUCCAUGUCUGGAAACAAGCCUGCCAAUGCAGUGCUGCAUAAAGUCCUCAAACAGCUCGAGGAACUGCUUAGCGACAUGAAGGCUGACGUCACUCGUCUCCCGGCAACCAUCGCCAGGAUACCCCCCGUGGCCGUGCGGCUGCAAAUGUCUGAGAGAAACAUCCUCAGCCGACUGGCCAGCCGGGGCCCCGAGGUCGCCGCUCAGAACCAGUCACAGACCUCACAGCAGAUGCAGGUGCCGCGCUGACCACACACAUUUCACAAGUCAUUGACCGAGGCCAGACGCACUCAUCUCACCGCCAUGUAGCAGACGUUCACCCCCUUCAAACACCAUGUACAGCCCAGUCCAGUUAGUCCUCCUUGCUCUGCACCUACAACCCAUCCCAGACUCAGAAGAGCUUCAGCUGUGCUGCCGGACGUUGUUUUAAAAUGACUGGAACUACAACUAUAGGACGAGUGUGAGUGGAAGCAUCACUUCUCUUUCUGUGGCAGACUAGACACAAGUCUCUGUCCUCUGUCCUGGGCACUGAACUGCGGGCAGCUCCUUUAUGACUUGUCCUUACAGCAGGGUCAAACAUGUGUGUGUGUGCGUGCGUGUGCGUGUAACUAUAUGUUCAUGAAGCAGAAGAGAGUAGACUGAAGGAAGGAAACGCAGCAUGUUUGGAGUUAACAGGUGCUUUGUAGUAACUUUUGGAUUAUUAAAGAAUUCAAAAGAGUUUAUUGUGCUCAUUUUCACUUUUAGGAAAUUGUGAAAUGUUUGUUUGUUUUUUUGUUUUUUAGAAGUCAUUCAACUUUAAUGUCCUCGCCUGUAUGUGUGUAUGGAGAGAAAGUGUUUGUGUGUGUGUGUGUGUGUGUGUGUGUUCCCAGUUUAUAUGUGUUAAACAGGGCAUAUUAAUGUGCGUCUCUACUGCAGAAUACCCCAACACUGAGAGACUGUUACUGUCACUUUCGUCUCAGUCAGUCAGAUCUGUUACCUCUUCUUCUUCUUCCUUAAACUCCCACCUGGUCUGUCAGGUGACCUGAUCCAGGAUGGCACCUUAACAUUCCCAACAGCUCCAGAGAUUGGCUCCGUGGGAGGUCUCCUCAAAUAGAAACAUGCAGCAGCCCCACCGCUUUUAGGUACACAGGAAGGUUUUACGAAUGAUGGCAUCUUAAAUUAAUUUAAUUUCUUACUGAUUUCUUACUCUCUACUGUUAAGAUGUUUUACUUUAUUGAAUAUUAUUAUUAUUACGGUCACCACCUUGUUGUUUUUAUUGUUGCUGUUUGUUUUUAUGGAUUACAAUAAAAAGUCGACAGUU